UAUAGCUACAUACCAGUAUUUCUAAAAAAUUAAAGAAAAAAAAAUUCAGUUCUCAGAUCCAAUUCGGUUUGAUUCGAUUUCUUCAGUAACAGUGCACAGCGUAGUUUUUACUCUCGUGCUCGUUGCAGAACUCAUUUCUCAUGGCUUUUCCAAGUGAGGUUGGCUUGCAAUUGCUUCUUUCCCCCAUUAAUUCCAACAUUGUAGUUCGUGCAGCAUGUUGUUCUGUAGGGACAGUUUUACCUGUUUACUCAACAUUCAAGGCUAUUGAGAAUAAAGAUCAACUGGAGCAACAAAAAUGGCUUGUAUAUUGGGCAGCUUAUGGCACUUUCAGUAUAGCGGAAGUGUUUGCAGAUAAAAUUCUAUCCUGGUUUCCUCUCUACUAUCAUGCGAAGUUUGCAUUUCUUGUUUGGCUGCAGCUGCCAUCAGUCAAUGGAGCCAGGCAACUGUAUAUGAGUCAUCUGCGCCCAUUCUUGUUGAGGCAUCAAGCUAGAUUUGAUCAAAUUUUGGAGUUUGUACUUCGAGAAAUGGAACAAUUUGUAAGUGCGCAUCAGGAAAAAUUGACGUUUGCAAAGGGACUAUUUCUGAAAAUCCGAGCAUCAGUGCACCAUGUGGUUCAGGAUCUUAUUCACCCAGGGGAAAGACGAGCAAAAGGUGCUAUAACAGGCCCAGCGAGACGGAUCUGCGAAUCGCAAUCUGACAAUGAAGAAUAAGGCACCACUGACAUCAAGGGUAACUUGAUGUUGUCUUUCAUUAGGAAUUCUGUUGAACUUGUAGUUUAUGUGCUCUUACGUUUUUUCUCUUCAUGCUUCCGAGGCUUACAUAUAUUCAUAUAUGCAUAAAAACAUUAGCCUAAUAUGUCUACCAUAGAUUGAUCUGUACAAAUUUUAGCUCAUUUACUUGUGUAUAGAAAAUGGACUUAGGAUAGCCAUAGUUUUGAAAAUUUAAGCCAAAGCCAAAGAUGUGCAUUCUUUAUGUAGAAACUUGUAUAAAGAACUUGGCAUCACCUUAUCUCUUCUUCAUCUUCA